CCAAUAAACAUAUGAUGUAAAGCAUUUUACAUUUAUUUGUGCUCGCAGAAGUAAUUUAAGUACAAUAACAAUAAAAGUACCGUAAUGUAAUGUAAAUAAGUUAAUGCUUCUUUUAGUUUUAAAAUUACACAGUUUCGCUGUAUGCCGUCACAUUUUGAUUGAGUGCUCACUGCUCAGGCUCACUGGCUCGCUUCUUAUGGAUAUUUUAAAUAAACAUUUAAAAAUGUAUUAAAAUCCCUCCACCAUGUAAUGUGAAUAUAAAUAAAUCUAUCAGUGGUGUAAAUAUUCUAUUUCCGACAUGUAUUAAACAUUUCUCUCAAAAAGUAAAAAAAAAACAGCGAGGACGCCGCAACCUCGAACUCGCAUACACGACCUUGGAAACAUGCAAACGGACGAGGCUCCCGUCACCAAUAAGGAAGACAUCGACACGUCGCCGUCGUCCGAUCACGUAAAUAAUAAAAGUGAUACUAAAAAAUCCGACACUGAUGAUCCUAAACCGCGCAUUGUACUAACUUUCCGGUCUGAAAAGUCAGGCGCUAGGACAAGUAAUAUGAAAAUCGUGUCAACUGAAGAGAAACACGAGGAAAUCUCUCCUAGAAGGUCCAGCAGAACAAGAGGAAUGAAAAAAGAAUCAGAUGAGGACACAAGUAACAUAAGCCAUUUAGAAUCUGAGGAUGACUCUCAUGAUAGUACACAGAAAAGAUCAACUAGACGCAUAAGUAAAGAAUACUCUGAUGUGUUAGCAAAUGCCAUCGCAAGGAAAGAAAAGUCUUAUGAGAGUGCUACACCUACCCAGAGGUUGUCUCGUAGGAUUAAACCUACAGCUAAGAUUCUUGCAAAUGAGGAGUUACGAAUGGGCUUAGAGUCACAGAAUAAUGCUCGUCUUGGGAUUUCUACUGAUAAAGUUGAAGGAGGGGUCAGAACAAGGCGUUCCGCUCAGACUAGGAAUGUUGAAACUAAGCCUGUGGUGGAAAAGAAGGCGUCAAAACGCAAAAUACAGGAAGAGACUGCUGCAGAUAGCUCAGACAGGGAAAGUGACAGCUCCAAUAAAAAACUGAUGCAUCUCUGUAACCUGGGCUUGAAGAUGAAGGAUGAGGAAUCAAGUGAAGCAGAAAACAGAAAAACAGAAAGUUCAACCUACGAGGCUCCUGACGAUGACGACGAUGAUGAUGAAGACGAUGAAGAUGAUGAUGUGGAUGAUGAAGAGAUUGACGAUGACACAGAAGUAAUCAGCAAGCUGCUGGAGGCGGAUGAAGCCAGUGCAAGUGAUGAGGAGUUCAGCCCCGAAAUAACAAUGAAGAAAAAACGAUCCAAGAAAAAUUCUUCACUUGCGCCCCUGCGUCGUUCUUCUCGGAAAGCGAAUUCCGGGUCGUAUUACUACGACGAGUUUAUUGACGACAGCGACGACUCUGGCGACAGCGUGAAACAAUAUAGUGAUAUUGUUUUUAGUGACUAUGCACCGAAACGUAAGGAUUCACGAUCGCUUGAUGAUGGCGAGGUUGUACCAGAGGGUGGCUCUGAAGGGGAAGCAGAAGAGAAAAUUGCCCCAGAAGUAGCGAGUGCAGAAGCAGAGGAAGAUAUGCCUGAGGCUGCCUGUCCGACCGACUCGUCUGCUAUAGUUGCCACUUGUCUUUGCGAGGACUCCAGUAAUAUCUACGCUGCGCCUUCCGAGCUUAAAGAGCCAGUAUUCUGUCAAGCCAUAGAGCUAGUAGACGGCGUGCGCGUCGGCUGCUCGCACGCCGCCGCAAGAGAACCCGGUGGCGACUUGCAGGCGCUGAGGCGUGCGGGGCCUCGAGCGCCGUACUUCCUCGCCUGUCGCCAACACGCGGCUCAACUAGCCAAGCACAUGUGCUGCCCCACCUGUGGACUGUUCUGUACUCAGGGUAUAUUCUACCAGUGCUCCAAAGACCACCUGUUCCACUUAGAAUGUGGCAUACCGGGUGGGGAUAAGCAGAAAGCGGGCUGUCCGCACUGUGGUGUGCACUCAUAUCGCUGGCUGCCUGUCAACAAGGAGCUUACUCGCGUGCGCGUAGACAUGCACUGCAGUAACAAGCGUGUGUUCCUGCCAGACCAGCGCGAGCAGUGCACUCCAGCCUUCCUCGGUUUCUCAUCAAUCGACCCCUCACAACUGGACCAAGGGCCGCCGAUCCCAGAGGAUCUGUUGCCUUCCCUCCCAACAGAUAUAAAGACGCUCUUUGAGGGCGUGGACAAUGAAGACAUGAGCGAUCAUUCCAUACAAGUAUUGUAUGAAGCCAUAAUGUCGGGAGAGCCUGUUGAACAACUGAUACCGAAAAUUAUCCGCGGUGAUCACAUAAAUGCGGCGCUGGCGGAGCUAGAAGGCGGUACAUGUGCGCACGCAGCGGCGGCCCGCGGCCGACUGAGCGCGCUGUGUCUGCUGCAGUACGCGGGCGCUAACAUCGACGCCGUUGACAAUGCUUCUAGGACGCCCCUCAUGCGAGCUAUACUAUCACUACUGGACAAAGAACCAGAAGAGCUAAUUCCCGAAGCUGUAGACGAGGAAGCAGUUGAAAAACAAGAAAAUAAGGUCAUUGAAAAUGAUGGCGAAGUUAAAACAGGUGUAAAAGUGACAGAAGAUAUUAUAAAUAAUAAAGAUGAAACAGAGAUAGAAGAUAUCAAAGACGACAACAAAGUGACAGAAAAAGAUGUUAUAGAGAAAUCUGGAGAAGAGAAAGGGAUAGAAAAUAUAGAGAAAGAGGAUAUGAGUGGUUUAAAAGAAGAGGAAAAUAUUGAUGAUAUCAGUAAGACAAGUGAUGGAGAUCUCAUCAAAGUUAUCAAGUAUCUAGUAGCGGUUGGAUGCGAUGUCGACAAACAGGGUCCAGAAGGAAUGACAGCCUUGCACUUAGCUGCACAUCACGGCAGCACCGCAGUUUGUUCUAUUCUGCUGCAGAGUGGCGCCGAGGUGGACCCGCGCGACCAAGGCGGCUGGACCCCGCUCGUGAGGGCCGCCGAGAAUAAGCACAAGGAUGUAGUUAAGUUGCUGCUCGACCACGACGCAGACCCUACAGCUAGUGACAAUGAAGGCAACCUGGCCGUGCAUUGGUGUGCGCUGAGCGGCGACGCGCGAUGCCUGUCUCUGCUGCUCAGGGCUGCGCCGCACACGCUCAACGCGCCCAAUGCACACACCGACACGCCACUACACGUAGCAGCUAGAGAAGGUCACUACCCCUGCGUUGUUAUACUGCUCGCACAUGGAGCCAAAACCAGCCUCGAAAACUCUUCGGGUGAGCUGCCAGGUGAAGUGUGUGCCGGCAAGUGUCGAGACGCCAUCAACCUCAACAUGCAGAUGACGCUCGCGCUCCGGGACAAGAUACCGCGACACCGGAUACUGUCCAGUGACAUAUCCAACGGCCGCGAACUGUAUCCUGUACCUUGUGUGAACGAGGUGGACGACGCGACUCUGCCGGAGGACUUUGUGUACGUUUCGCAACACGUCUCGCACACGCACAUACCGCUAGAUGACACCGUUGACACUAUGCAGGGCUGUUCGUGUGCGGAUGCGGAGUGUGGCGGCGACUGCGCGUGCUGCGUGCUGGGCGUGCGGCGCUGGUACGCGCGCGGCCGCCUGCCGCACAACUUCCCGCACCACGACCCGCCCAUGCUAUUCGAGUGCAACCAGACUUGUGGCUGCAACUUGAAACGUUGCUCAAACCGCGUGGUGAGCCGUGUAGAAGCCACCGGGUCUCUAGGUGCGCGCGUACAAGUGUACCGCACGGCGCGCUGCGGCUGGGGGCUCAGAACACAGCAGCGAGUGGCGCGCGGCUCGCUAGUGGCGCUGUAUAGAGGCGAGUUGCUGGGGCACGAGCAGGCCGACUCGCGGUCAAACGACCAGUACAUGUUCGCGCUCGAUCUCAAGCCGGACUUGUUGGAGGAAUGCAGCGACAAAACGCAACUGUGUGUGGACGCUGCGUGCUUCGGCAGCGCAGCGCGGUUCAUGAACCACAGCUGUCGGCCCAGCACAGCGCCCGUGCGCGUCUUCACAAGCACGCGAGACCUGCGCGCGCCCAAUGUGGCGCUGUUCGCACUGAGGGACCUGCCAGCCGGCUCCGCGCUCACAUUUGACUAUGGCGACAAAUUCUGGUCAGUGAAGUCGAAAUGGAUCAAAUGCGAAUGCGAGUCUCCCGACUGCAGAUAUCCCGCCAAGACGGUUGAACAAAUGGACACUUAAUAAUUUGUUUACUGAUAAUAAUUAAGGAGAUGGAGUUACACUUCGGAUUAAAAAAAAAUCCUUUAAUCCAGAUGUUUUUAGCUCACUGAAUACAGUUUUCAUUGAGGUACUUUUGGUCCUCCCGUAAUUUUAAAAUCGCAGUUACAUCGUUUUGUACGCCAGAUCCUAUAAUGUUAGUAUUUAAUUAUUUUUAUUUAUAACUAGCAUUAAUCGUAUUCGUUGUAAAUAUAAAUAUAAUUGUUUAUUUAAAUUUUUUUACGAAUAAAAGACUGUUAAUAUUAAACCAAUCAAUGCAAUAUAAUAUGU